CCGCACGCUCGAGAUGGCUCCUGUCACACCCAGGGCUCUGCUGGGUCCAGGUCCCACGUGGGGUGGUCCUUGUGGCAGGUGCCACCAUCCCCUCUGUGCCAAGGGUGUCCCCACAGAGGUGUCACGGGUGUGACUGGGGUGUCGGGGUGUUUGAUCCCUCUUGGUGCAGCCCUGUCCCUUGGUCUGGCCCUCAUCCAUCCCAAGGAUGGCAGCUCAGGACCAGCAAUGGUGACAGCCAGGUGCUGCUGUCACCUUGCCCCUUCCAGAGCCCAGCAGCUUCACAGUGAGGCCAUUUCAGACCCUGAUUGUCCCCGUGCCCAGCUCUUGGUGCCAGCCCAACCCAGCUCCUCCCCAGCCACAGCUCCUGCUUUUGGCUUCUUGCAAAAGCAGCUCGACAGGUCCUCCCUGGAGGAGGUGCUGGUGGAGAGGUUUCUGUUCCUGCCCACCACAGUGGGACCUCUCCCCUCGGACCUGCUCUUCUGUGGGCAGCCAAAGCCCUGGGAGAUGCCUUCCUGUGAGGAUGUGGUUGCCCCAGCAUGGCAUGCACCCCACAUCCCCAUCAUCCUCCUCCUCCUCCUCAGGGAACCCCAGGACUGGGAUUUAGGGGUGGCUUGGGGCCGUGCAUUGCUCCACAUGCCAUCGUGCACCUGCCACCCACCAAAACCUGGGGUUUUCAGCAAAAUAACCCCGCCGUGAGCCGAGCUGAGCUGCAGCAGGCCCAGGCCACGCUGGUGUCCCAUGGAGGUGCCCCACGUGUCCCCCAGCAGGGGCAGGGCCUUGUCCCGCUGGUGGCGGGGGCGGUUUCGGCAGCGGAAGCCGCGUCACGUCCUGUGGGGGCUGGGGGGACAAGGAGGGACGUGGGGACACGCCAGGCCUGAUGUCAUCGUGUCUCAGCAAACGCUGCUGUCCCCAGAUGGGCUCGUCACCAUCUGUGGUGAGGGGGACUCAGGGGUGACCCCCAGGCACCGCCCAGGCUCCUGGAGCCCUCUGUUGUCACCAGUCGUGUCCCUUGGUCCCUCAGUUGUGACACCAGUUGUGUCCCUGUCCCUCAGUUGUGUCACCAGUCGUGUUCCUGUCCCUCAGUUGUGUCACCAGUCGUGUCCCUUGGUCCCUCAGUUGUGUCACCAGUCGUGUCCCUGUCCCUCACCCCGUGUGGCACUGCUGGGACUGGGCUGGAUGAGGCACAUGGAGCACUCAUGACAUGGGUGGGUGUGUCCAGAUCUUCCUCCUGCCCCCCACGUUGGGGGCCCUCGGGUGGGGACAUCACUGAUGGGUCCAUGGGACACUCACAUCCUGGGAAAUGCGGUGUUCCCAACCUCCCAGGGUUGUCCCCACCAUCCCACCAGUGUCCCCAUCCUGAGAAUGCUGCUUUCAUUUUCCUACCGUGAUCCCAUCCUCCCACCACUGUCCCCAUCGUUACCUCAGUGUCCCCAUUGUCCUACCAGGGUCCCUGUUGUCCCAGAAGUCCCCAUCUUCUGGAAUCUUCAUGUCCCACCAGUGUCCACAUCUUCUAGAAUCUUCAUGUACCACCAGUGCCUCCAUCUUUUCACUGGGAUCUUCAUGUCCCACCAGUGUCCACAUCUUCUAGAAUCUUCAUGUACCACCAGUGCCUCCAUCUUUUCACUGGGAUCUUCAUGUCCCACCAUUGUUCCAUCACUGUCCCCAUUGUCCCACCAGUGUCCCCAUUGUCCCACCAGUGUCCCCAUCUUCUGGGAUCUUCAUGUCCCACCAGUGUCCCCAUCCUAAGAAUGCUGUUUUCAUUUUCCCACCAUGAUCCCAUCAUCCUACCACUGUCCCAUUGUUCCAUCACUGUCCCCAUUGUCCCACCGUGUCUCCAUUGUCCCACCAGUGUCCCCAUCUUCUUGGAUCUUCAUGUCCCACCAUUGUCCUCAUCUUCUGGAAUUUUCAUGUCUCACCAGUGUCCCCAUCUUCUGGAAUCUUCAUGUCCCACCAGUGUCUCCAUCUUUUCACUGGGGUCUUCGUGUCCCACCAGGAUCCCCCUCCUCCCACGGGUCUCCCCAUCUCCCAGUGCUCUCUGAGCAGGGGGUGCUCCAUCCCUGGGGUGUUUUUGGGGUGACCCCCAGUGCUGACACCCUUCACCCACAGAAUUCCAUGAACCUGCCUCCGGACAAGAUGAAGCUGCUCAACCAGUACGACAACGAGAAGAAGUGGGAGCUGAUCUGUGACCAGGUGAGCUCCAAGCUCAGAGUGUCCCCAGUGCUGUCCCUGUCCCCAGGUGCCACUUGUGGCACAGUUUGGGCACCAAUCUGGCUGUACCAAGCCCUGACAUCCAUCUCAUUACUGACACAGCCCCUCAUUAACCUCAUUAAGCAGGGGUGGGGACAGGGACGCCGUGGCUGCUGUGGGGACGGUGGCACGUCCCUUGCCACACGGGUGGCCCAGUUUCAGCCUCUCUCUGGGCUCUCAGGAGCGUUUCCAGGUGAAGAACCCCCCGUCUGCCUACAUCCAGAAGCUGAAGAGCUACUUGGACACGGGUGGGGUCAGCAGGAAGGUGAGGGGUCCCCGUUGUACCCUGGUCCCCGUGCCAGGCUGGGCACAGGGACGGUGCCAAUGGCUGUCCCUGUCCCAGUGCCAAUGGCUGCCCCUGUCCCACAGUUCAAGAGGAGGGUGCAGGAGUCCACGCAGGUGCUGCGGGAGCUGGAGAUCUCCCUGAGGACCAACUACAUCGGCUGGGUCCAGGAGUUCCUCAACGAGGAGAACAAGGGGCUGGACGUGCUGCUGGAGUACCUCGCCUUCGCCCAGUGCUCCGUCGCGUACGACAUGGAGAGCUCAGAGAACAGCCCUGGCUCUGACAAGGGCAAGGAGAGGUCUCUGGAGGACCUGAACAGGAGCAGCUCCUCGUCCCCCACGCAGGGCUCCUCCAAGCCGCGGCCCCUCACUGUAAGGCUGAACCCCUCGCACAGCAGGAAGACGCUGCGCAACUCGCGGCUCGUCAGCCAGAAGGACGAUGUCCAUGUGUGCAUCAUGUGCCUCCGCGCCAUCAUGAACUACCAGUCUGGCUUCAGCCUGGUGAUGAACCACCCGGCCUGCGUCAACGAGAUCACCCUGAGCCUCAACAACAAGAGCGCCAGGACCAAAGCUCUGGUGCUGGAGCUGCUGGCCGCUGUCUGCCUGGUCCGAGGGGGACACGACAUCAUCCUGGCUGCCUUUGACAACUUCAAGGAGGUCUGCGGGGAGAAGAAUCGCUUCGAGAAGCUGAUGGAGUAUUUCAGAAAUGAGGACUCCAACAUUGACUUCAUGGUGGCCUGCAUGCAGUUCAUCAACAUCGUGGUGCACUCGGUGGAGAACAUGAACUUCCGAGUGUUCCUGCAGUACGAGUUCACCCACCUGGGGCUGGACCAGUACCUGGAGACCCUGCGCCUCACCGAGAGCGACAAGCUGCAGGUGCAGAUCCAAGCCUACCUGGACAACGUCUUUGACGUGGGGGCCAUGCUGGAGGACUCGGAGACCAAGACGGCGGUGCUGGAGCACAUGGAGGAGCUGCAGGAGCACGUCAGCCAGCUGACAGAGAAGCUGCAGGAUGCGGAGAACGACUCCAUGGCCAAGAUAGCGGAGCUGGAGAAGCAGCUGAGCCAGGCGCGGCGGGAGCUGGAGGCGCUGCGGGAGCAGCUGAGCCCGCCGCGGCCGCCCAGCCCGCCGUGCCCGCAGCCGCAGGAGUGUUACCGGCUGGCGCUGGAGCGGCGGCUGGCGGAGCUCGAGGAGAAGGGGCUGGUGCAGAUCCUGCGUGGGCCCGACGGAGACGUCGCCAUCGAGAUUGUCCCCGUUGUCAUAGAAACCCCCGCAACGCCCGUGGUUUCCGGGGACAGCACCGCCACCACGCCAGAUGCUCCGGCUCCGGCUCCGGCCCCACCGCCCCCACCCCCCCCGCCUCCCCCACCCCUACCGGGGGCUGAUCCCAUCCCCCCCCCACCCCCCGCCCCCCCCCUGCCCGCGGGCACCCCCACACCCCCCCCAGCACCCCCCCUGCCCGGUGCCCCGCUGCCACCGCCCCCCCCACCGCUCCCGGGGGCACCGGAGAGCCCCCUGCCCCCCCCUCCGCCACCCCCUCCCCUCGGUGGGGAACCCCCAGCCGGGCCGGGAGCCCCCUCCAGCACCAAUGGUUCAGUGAAGCUGAAGAAGCCGAUCCAGACCAAGUUCCGCAUGCCCGUCUUCAACUGGGUGGCGCUGAAGCCGAGCCAGAUCGACGGCACCGUGUUCACGGAGCUCAACGAUGAGAAAGUGCUGCAGGAGCUGGACAUGAGUGACUUUGAGGAGCAGUUCAAGACCAAGGCUCAGGGCCCUGCCCUGGACAUCAGUGCCCUCAAGGCCAAGGCCACGCAGAAGGCGCCCAGCAAGGUGACCCUGAUGGAGUCCAACCGCGCCAAGAACUUGGCCAUCACCCUGCGCAAGGGCGGCCGCAGCGUCCAGGACAUCUGCACGGCCAUCGAGACGUACGACCAGCAAGCCCUGAGCCUCGACUUCCUGGAGCUGCUGCUGCGCUUCCUGCCCACCGAGUACGAGCGCAGCCUCAUCGGGAAGUUCGAGCGGGAGCAGCAGCGGCCGGAGGAGCUGUCGGACGAGGAUCAGUUCAUGGUGCAGUUCAGCAAGAUCCCGCGGCUGGCCGAGCGCAUGAACGUCAUGAUCUUCCUGGGCAGCUUCGGGGACACGGCCCAGCUGCUGAUGCCGCAACUCAACGCCAUCAUCGCCGCCUCCAUGUCCCUCAAGUCCUCCAGCAAACUGCGGCACAUCCUCGAGAUCGUCCUGGCCUUCGGGAAUUACAUGAACAGCAGCAAGAGAGGGGCUGCCUACGGAUUCCGACUGCAGAGCCUCGACGCGCUGCUCGAGAUGAAGUCCACAGACCGCAAGCAGACGCUGCUGCACUACCUGGUGCGGGUGAUCAUGGAGAAGUACCCGGAGCUCACCGGCUUCCACACCGAGCUGCACUUCCUCGACAAGGCGGGCACAGUGUCCCUGGACGGGGUCCUGCAGGACGUGCGGAGCCUGCAGCAGGGCAUGGAGCUGACCCGCAGGGAGUUCAUGCGGCAGGACGACAGCCCGGUGCUCAAGGACUUCCUCAAGGUCAACUCCGAGGUGAUGGAGAAGCUGCAGGCUGACAGCAAAACCGCCAAGGAAGCCUAUGAGUCAGCUGUGGAAUAUUUUGGGGAGAACCCCAAGACCAGUCCCCCCACCACCUUCUUCCCCAUGUUCAUGCGCUUCAUCAAAGCCUACAAGAAAGCAGAGCAGGACAUUGAGCUGUGGAAGAAGCAGGAGGCUGCAGCCAAGGAGGCAGAAUCCGGCUCCCCUGGCAGCGAGCAGCAGCCCGAGCUGCCUGUGCAGAAGGCCAGGAGGCAGCAGAUGGACAUGAUAGCUGAGCUGAAGAAGCGGCAGAUGGUGAAGGAGCCGCUCAUCUACGAAGGCAAAGAUGGGGCCAUCGAGGAUAUAAUUUCAGCUCUCAAAACUGUUCCUUUCACGGCCCGGACGGGCAAACGCUCGUCCCGGCUCUUCUGCGACGUGAGCUUCAACGAGGAGAGUCCUCUGUAGAUCUGCGGAACAACCCGUACCGGCGGGGGGACAAGGCCCGCGGCAGCGCCAAGAAGCGGGCGGCGGGGCAGAGCCUGCAGGCGACGCCGGACAUGGCGCUGUGACCGGCGCCGUCCCUGCAGCGGCAGCACCGGGCCAGCACCGUCCUCCCGACACGGGUGGCACCGCAGGGUGUCGGUCCCUGUGCCCGGGGCUCGGCGGGAUGGACAGACAGUGCCCGCUCCGAGCUGCUCCAGCCGCUUGAUGUGCCAGCUCUGCUGGGCACAGCACCCCCGGCGCUUGCUUGGCCGCGUCCCUGAGCUCCUCUCCGCAGCCUGGCGGGUCGUCCUGGCUACAGGGAAGCACAAAAAGGGCUCCAGCUUGUCCUGGAAGGAAAAGAGAGGCUGUCCCAUCCCUACCCCGGCCCUGUGUCCUUGUCCCACCCUGAAGAAGGGGAGGGGGUGUCAGCCAGGGACACAGCGCUCUCCGCCCAUCUCAUCUCACAUCUCACAUCUCAUCUCACAUCUCAUCUCAUCCUCCCCGGCCCGCAGAGCCCCCCAGAGCCGCGUUCCCAGCCCGGGCACCUCCCAGAGCCAGGGGCUGGCAGCGGUGCUAUUGUACAGCAUUUUAUAAAGUCUUCCUUCGAAUUUCUCCGCGCUGCGGCAGAGGGGAUUGGAACCCCCCCACGCAGGGCGGCCCCAGGGCUGUGGCGAGCAGCGCUGUGCAGGCUCCGGAGCUGCGACAACCAGCAGCAGGGACAAAUUUCCCUGCGAGGUGGUGGCAUCUCCAUCCACCUGCAUCCCCAUCAUCCUUUGGGAUGAAUUGGGACUGUCAGCUUUGUGGGGCUCCCCGUUUUCUCGGUGGGACUCUCAGGAGAUGCUGCACCCCAAUCCCUGCUGCCGCCUGCAGAAGCGGCCCCGGAGCCGCACGAACCUCUCGGUACCGGCCCGGACCCGGCUCUCCCUCCCUGCCCUGCCCCGCUGUUGCUCAAUAACCCCGCAAUGCCGUAGUUAAACCUCUGCUGGUGAUUCACCCCGCUCCUCCCUCCUCCUGGCCCGUCCUUCCUCGCUUCAGCCACAGCAGCCGCUGCUUCCUGCUGUAUUUAAGCUGCUUCAGCGCCGGCUCCGUGUCCGGGGAGGGAUGGGAAAUGAAUGUGUAACUUAUAAAUGCCUUUAAGCCAGAAGUGUAAACCAUUAACUGCUCAUUUGUAUACAUUAUUUUUAUAUACUGAAGGCCUGUUUAAUCUAAAGCAGAACUGUAAUAAAAACGUCUCAGAGUUGAUGAA